GCGCCGUUUCAUUUAAGCGUCGGACACCAGCGGGCGCGCAUGCGCACUCGUAAGAUAAAUCGGUGAAUCUAUCUGGAGUAUCUAUCUAUAUACGUUUGGCCUAUUUUUGUACAAAUUAUUUCAUUAAGAUACUGUCAAGAUGAGAUUUUGUGUCUUGAUUUUGUGUCUGUGUUCCUUUCAAGCCACGAGGUGCCAACUUCUGGUAGAUUUGGCCCGUGAUUUCGAGACUUCGUUGCUGAACAACCGGCUUCCGGACACCACACGGUUUCUGCCGGAAUAUGACUUCAUCAUCGUGGGAGCUGGCAGUUCGGGUUGUGUACUGGCCAAUCGGCUGAGUGAGAUUACCUCCGCCAGUGUUUUGCUCCUGGAGGCCGGCGAUCAGGAAACCUUUAUCAGUGAUGUCCCGCUGACUGCAGCUCUCACUCAAAUGACACGUUAUAACUGGGGCUACAAGGCAGAGCCCACGGAAAACGCAUGUCAAGGACUAAAGGGCGGCGUUUGCAAUUGGCCCAAAGGGCGUGGCGUGGGUGGCACGAGUUUGAUCAACUUUAUGCUAUACACUCGCGGUCAUCGCAGGGAUUACGAUGAAUGGGCAGCGGCGAAUAACUCAGGUUGGUCCUAUGACGAAGUGCUGCCAUAUUUCCGAAAAUCCGAGAGGAUUGGCAUUCCCGAGCUGUAUAAAUCAUCCUAUCAUGGUCGCAACGGACCGCUGGAUGUGCAGUAUACGGACUAUAGGUCUCAGCUGCUGAAGGCCUUCCUAAAAUCCGGCAGGGAAAUGGGCUACGACAUCACGGAUCCGAAUGGAGAGCAAUUGAUGGGUUUUGCGAGGUCUCAGGCCACCAUUCGGAAUGGCAGGCGGUGCAGCACCAGCAAGGCCUUCAUACAGCCUGUAGUACAUCGCAAAAAUCUGCACAUCUCCAUGAAGAGCUGGGUCACCCGGCUGAUCAUCGAUCCUAUCACGAAAACUGCCACUGGGGUGGAGUUCGUGAAGCAACGCCAACGGUUUGUGGUUCGAGCCAGAAAGGAGGUAAUUCUGUCAGCUGGAACCAUCGCCAGUCCCCAAAUCCUCAUGCUAUCCGGAGUGGGUCCGGCGGAUCACCUGAGGGAGCACAAUAUCACAGUGGUACAGGACCUACCAGUGGGCUACAAUCUUCAGGAUCACAUAACACUCAAUGGUCUGGUGUUCGUGGUCAACGAUUCGACGGUCAACGAUGCCCGUCUACUGAAUCCUUCGGACAUUUUUCGGUAUUUAUUUGCGGGACAGGGACCAUACACUAUUCCCGGUGGAGCAGAGGCAUUCGCUUUUGUGAGGACUCCAAGCUCCAGUUUUGCCAAGGACUAUCCUGACAUGGAACUGGUCUUAGGAGCAGGAUCUUUGAGUGGCGAUCGGUUUGGCACCAUGCGAAAUUUACUGGGCAUAACCGAUGAGUUCUAUGACACGAUGUUCGGAGAUCUGCAGAGCAAAGAGACUUUCGGUCUGGUACCGGUGCUUCUGCGACCCAAAAGUCGGGGACGCAUAUCGUUGCGCAGCCGCAAUCCUUUCCACUGGCCGCGCAUGGAACCCAAUUUCAUGCAGCAUCCGGACGAUGUGAGGGCCAUGAUCGAAGGAAUCGAAAUGAUCCUCCAACUGGCCCGAUCCAAGCCCAUGGUGAAGAUGGGCACUCGUUUCCAUGACCGUCCUUUUCCGGGAUGUCAGCACCUUAAGUUUGCCAGCGAGGAAUACUGGAGGUGCUGUCUGCGAAGAUAUGGAUCCAGUUUGCAGCACCAAUCGGGCACAUGCAAGAUGGGCCCCGCCACCGAUAAAUCUUCCGUGGUGGAUGCCCAACUCAGGGUGCACGGCUUCCGGGGACUACGGGUUGUGGAUGCCUCGGUGCUGCCCAAUGUCCCAGCUGGCCACACGAAUGCCAUUGUGAUCAUGGUCGCCGAGAAGGCGGCCGAUAUGAUCAAGGAUGCUUGGCGAAUGAGGACCACUCCUUUGGACUCCUAAAUCUAUCCUUAAACUAGUUAUUUAUUGUUUAGUUGUCAAGACAUUAGGUUAGGUUUUGUUUCUCAUGUGAUAGUUAGUCUAACUUUCAAAUAUUCUUUGGCUUGUAAAUGAGGUUUCUUUUAAUGUUUUGUAUUAUGAGUUGUGAUUGGUGUAAGAUAUGAAUAUUUAUUCAACACACUGAAAUUUAAAAUUUUUAUAAUUUAAGUUGUUGUUUAAA